AUGGCACCAUCCACCAAAACAUUCCCGCAGUGCGGUGCCACGUAUAUUGCUCGACUUGAACAUGAAUUUAUGCAUGGUAAAGGACUCUCUGUCUGCGCCAAUUGUUUUACAGCAGGUUUACAAAAGUCCUUGAAGCGAUGCAGUGCUUGUACUUUGGUCGACUAUUGUUCACGAGAAUGUCAAAAGGCACACUGGUCCAAGCAUAAAGCUUUCUGCCACUUGGCACAGGGUAAAGGCUCCAAGUCUGCGUACCUUACGUCGCACGAGCGGGACGAAGUAUCUCGGAUUCUCAUCGAUUGCUAUCGGUUAAGGGUUGAGACGGAUCAUUCAUCCCGCGAAGAGGAUCAUGGCAUUUACUACCCCGGCAAAUCAAUCGACGGCCUGGUGUGGGCAAAGGGAGAUGUGGUGGCAGAUUUCCAACGAUUUCUGGACUUUGUCGAAACAGCGGGUAUUCUGCCAAAGUGGUGGACGUUUGAGGAUCGCAUGAAUACAUUGGCAUGGGCUAUUAACAAAGAAGACCCUGAAUGUGUGUACAAACCCAUUGAUCAAACCGAGAUCAUUACUCGAUACGGAGGGGAUAUUGCUAUUCGCCAUGCACUUAUCAUUCUUGCCGAGCUGUGUGUUGGAUAUGAUGGCAAAGGGCCAGCCAAAGACGAUACAUGGUAUGAAGAAUUCCAGGAAUUUCUUGAUCUGCAUCCCGAGGAGAGGGCACGAUUGAUUGGAGGAAGUAUUGCGGCGGUAGAGGCUGCUUUGGAUGGAUCGGGUGGCGAUGCCUCAGAAUUGAUGAAACAAAUAAUGGAGGCCAAGACAGACGCAUGA